UAUCCUUGUAGCUUAUUUUAUACACAACAGUUUGUUUCUUGAGCCUUGAGCCGGUUUCUUAAUCUGUAAAAUAGGUAUAAUAAUCUCUGCCUCUUAGGAUUCUAUGACUAGUCUUCAGACUAAAUGAGUUAAUAUAUUAACACACUUAGUACAGUGCCUGGCAUGUAGUUACAUAGCUGUUUGCUUUGAUAAUAAUAAUGAGCACAGUCUGUGGAUGGGUGUCUUUCACUGACUUUGGAAAAUUCUCAUUUUUUAUUUUUGACCACCCUGCUUAGCUUGUGGGAUCUUAGUUCCUCCACCAGGGAUUGAACCUGGGCCUCUGAAGUGAAAGCGCCGAGUCCUCAACACUGGUCAGCCAGAGGAACUGUCACAAUUUUAAGUUUUUAUUGGCUGUUUCCUGUGAUGUCUGACCUAGGAAGAGCUUUACUACCAGAGCUUUUCUCCACCCAACAUUCUAGUUCUGAGGCAGAAUUCUCUGUUCUACUUCAGGUUGCCAGAGUCUUCGGCUUAAAGGGCUCCAUAAUGAAACUGAAGCAAGGAUCGUUUCUGUGGUACCUUUAUCUGGACAAGCUGUAUUGCUUAUUAUCUGUGAGAAAUGUGAAGGCCUUGGUGGAGUAUUUUCACCUUCUUGACGUGCACCGCAAGAACACCUUGAAUGGUCAGUACUUCCAUGUGCUGUUUUACCACUUCCUUCAUCACGUGACUGACUUGACGCGGAACCAGAUCACAGUUGUGUUCCACAUGCUGGACUGGAAUGCGGCGGGCGAGAUUGGUUUUGACCAGUUCUACAUGCUGGUGUGCAUACUGCUGGCGCAAGAGAACCAUUUGGAAGAGCAAUUUCUCUUCCGCCAUUCCCGGCCUGUUUUUGAGUUGCUUGACCUGGAUGGGGAGCUGAAAAUUGGCCCAGACAACCUGUACAUGUACAACUUUCUCUUUAAUAUUAAAAAAGAGCAACUCAGAGACCUCUACUAUAACUUCGACAUCACAGGUGACCGCCUUCUUAAUUACAAGGAAUUUAAGCUGUUUACUAUCUUCUCCAUGGACAAAUAUCAGGAGAGUCAAAAAGCAGAGAAAGAGAAGAAGAAUGAGAAAGCUUUACUCCAAAAGAAAGUGGCACAAGUUAACGAGAGCCAGAGAGAGAGUCUUCUUGGAACAAAACAGUUUGAAAGUAUAAGUAAUUACAAUUGUUAACAUGUCUUAAAAAUAAAUUUAGACCAUCAAAGU